AUGUUGAGCAACCGAAGCAGUCAGUUUUUUCAUCAAGAAACAACGUGUGAUUUGUUGCUGAAAGAACUACAGAUAAUAUGGGAUGAACUUGGAGAGUCUGGUUCUCAAAGGGAUGCAAUGUUGCUGGAAAUAGAACAGAAGUGUCUGGAGUUGUAUAGAAAAAAAGUGGAUGAAGCCAAACAGUGUAGAGCACAAAUUCAGCAAGAGAUUGCUGAUUAUGAAGCAGAAAUUGCUGGCAUUUGUGCGGCUAUAGGUGAACACCCGUUUUAUUUGGAGCCAAAGUCUGGUACAAGCUUGAAGAAAGAACGUGAAACUGUUGUUUCUCAACUUGAGGAGAUGCACAAGCUGAAAACAGAAAGGAAGAAACAGUUUUUAGAAGUCUUAUGUCAGUUACAGAAUAUUUCCAGUGAGCUUCAUGGCUCUGUGGAGGUUAAUGCAUAUUUAGAUGAGAACAACUUGUCUUUGAAAAGACUAGAAGAAUUACAGAAGCAGUUACUUCAAUUUCAAAAUGAAAAGGCCAGUCGACUGAAGCAGGUAUCUGACCAAUUGAACACUCUUAACUCGUUGUGCUUGGUCCUUGGUUUGAAUUUCAAAGACAAAAUUUGUGAGAUUUGCCCCACUAUGACUAAUUCCACUGUGACAAAAGAUGUAAGUGACAAUACAAUUAAGAAUUGGACUUCUGAAAUACAAAGUUUAAGAGAGGUUAAAAUACAGAGAAUGCAGAAGCUUAAAGGUUUUGCAGCUGCACUAUUAGAGAUGUGGGAUUUGAUGGAUACACCAAUUGAGGAACAGCAGAAAUUUCACAACGUCACCAGUAAAAUUGCUGCUUUGGAAUCUGAAUUUACUGAGUCUAACAUGCUCUCAAUUGACUCCAUUAUCUAUGUUGAGAGAGAAGUUAAAAGGCUUCAACUACUUAAAUCAACGAAAAUGAAAGAACUUGUACUGCGAAAGAAAUUGGAGUUGGAGGAAAUAUGCAGAAAAACACAUCUGACUAUACAAACAGUUUUUCCAAGCGAACAUUCAAUUGAAUUAGACUCCGAUUCUGUAAACCAUGAAAACCUGUUGGAACAAAUUGAGCUCCAAAUUACCAAGAUAAAAGAAGAAGCCCUUGGCAGGAAAGAAAUCCUUGAAAAGGUUGAGAAGUGGUUGGCUGCUAGUCAAGAAGAAAGUUGGCUGGAGGAGUACAACAGGGAUGAUAAUCGUUAUAAUGCUGGACGAGGUGCACAUCUUGCCUUAAAACGUGCUGAGAAGGCUCGUGCUUUAUUGAGUAAACUUCCUGGCAUGGUAGAGGCAAUAAUUUUAAAAGUUAAAGCUUGGGAGAAAGAAAGAGGAUGCGAGUUUUCGUAUGGAGGAAGCCGGCUACUUUCCAUGCUUGAAGAUUACAGCUCCUUGAGGCAGGAGAAAGAGAAUGAAAGGCAAAGGCAGAGGGAUCAAAAGAGAAUUCAGGGGCAGCUGAUGGCAGAGCAUGAAACACUAUUUGGCUCAAAACCCAGCCCGUCUAAAAGUGGGAGAAGAGCUUCCAGAUGUUCAACAGGAGUUCCAAGUAUCAGAAAAUUGUCCAUUGGUGGGGCAUUGCUUCAGGAUCCAAGACAAGCCACUCUUAUUCAACAAUCUACUAAAAAGGGAAAAGGUAACUGUAAAGUUAUUGGUCAUUCAGUGAAGACUGCAUGCAGUGCAGAAAGGGGUGUUGAAAUUCAGUCACCAUUGACUAGGAAGCCCCUCUCUCCUCUUUCUCCUACACUCCUGUCUAAAGCCAACAUAUCGAACUUUCUAGAAGACCAAAGAAAAUUACAGAAUGUAGCAACACAAGCAAAACAGCACAAAAAUCAAAUGGUAACAGGAACUCCACCUUCCAGGCCAUAUAUAGCUGGUGAUGAAGAAAACAUGACACCAAAGAAUCUUGGACUUCCAGUGCCUCCCACUCCUUUAACUUCAGUCCCUAUGUUGACUGCCACUACACCAGAUAGUGUGUAUUCUGGUUGCACUGCUGCUUCAAGGACUAGUCAAUCAUUUGAGUAUUCAUUUGAGGAGGUCAGAGCUGGUUUUACCCUUCCUAAAACCUAUGCUCAAUGA